CGGGGAGCCUGUCCGCCGGGGAUGCUCUGCGGCCGGCCCAGCCCUGGAGCUCCUAGGCGCCCGCUGUCGCCCGUCUCCUGCAGGUCCUGAGGAUGAGAUGGCCUCGGAGGGGCUUGUCGGGGAGAAAUCUCCGCUCACUGUGAAAGUCGUGUCAGCAAAGCCCAAGGCCCAGAGCCGCCAGUCACGGAUCACCUCCUUUGUGGAGGUGGUAGUGGAUGGACUCGCCAACGAGGCCAAGAAGACAGGGAAGCAGACUGGGAGCUCUGAGCUGCUCUGGAAUGAGAGCCUGGUGCUGAACGUCACCUCUCAAAGCCACCUGGAUCUGAAGCUGUGGAGCUGCCACACCCUGCGGAAUGAGCUGCUGGGAGUGGCGUCAGUCAACCUCUCCAGCACACUGAAGCAGAGCAAAGUGGAGAACAAGCCGCUGACCUUGAACCUGCAGGCAGAGAACAAAGGCGGCCUUCUCUCGGGCGGCGAGCUGAUGGUUUUCCUGGACGGGCCUGGCAUUGAGGUGGGCAGCCUGCCGAACGGCCCUGUCGCGGCCGAAGGGCCCCAGGGAGCCGGGAGGGAUUCUGGGGGCCCGGCUGCAUCCCCUGAGAACAGGCCCCAGGCGUCCAGCACAAGCUGCUUUGGUGGCCAGUCCAGAGCGCAGAGGUCUGCAGCUGGAGCCCCCAGGCGGAGCGUGGCCACCCAAGAGCAGAGCCCGAAGAUCCAGCAUCAGCCACUGGGGAGAGGCCAGGAUGGCGGCCAGAGCAGGGCAGUGAACGGAGAGUCCGAGAGCUCUGCAGCCGCUGCCGAAGAGGAGCUGGCUGGGCCCCCCGCAGUUGGGCCGGACGCGGCCCCCCAGCCCAGUGUGGCUCACAUCCCCGCCGAGGUGGAAGAGCCUGGACCUAACUCAGGCAGCCAAUCUUCUCAGUUGGCAGUCCAGACGCUGGAGUCUCUGCCCCCUGGCUGGGAGCAACGGGAGCUGCCUAACGGGAGGGUCUACUACGUGGACCACAACACCAAGAGCACCACCUGGGAGCGCCCCCUUCCACCAGGCUGGGAGAAACGUGUGGACCCCCGUGGUAGGUGCUACUUCGUGGACCACAACACACGCACCACCACGUGGCAGCGACCCACAGCUGAGUACGUGCGCACCUACGAGCAGUGGCAGAGCCAGCGCAACCAGCUCCAAGGCGCCAUGCAGCAGUUCAGCCAAAGAUUCCUCUACCAGUCCUCUGGCACAGCUGCUGACAACGACCCCUUGGGCCCGCUUCCUCCUGGCUGGGAAAAGCGUCAAGAUAACGGGCGAGUGUACUACGUGAACCACAACACCCGCACCACACAAUGGGAAGAUCCUCGCACCCAGGGGAUGGUCCAAGAGCCAGCGCUGCCCCCCGGCUGGGAGAUGAAGUACACAAGCGAGCGGGUGCGCUACUUCGUGGACCACAACACCCGCACCACCACCUUCAAGGACCCCCGCCCUGGAUUCGAGUCUGGGAGCAAGCAGGGGGGCUCCCCCGGCGCUUACGACCGGAGUUUUCGCUGGAAGUUCCACCAGUUCCGCUUCCUUUGCCACUCCAAUGCCCUCCCCAGCCACGUCAAGAUCAGCGUCUCGCGGCAGACGCUCUUUGAGGACUCCUUCCAGCAGAUCAUGAACAUGAAGCCCUACGACCUGCGGCGCCGGCUGUACAUCAUCAUGCGCGGGGAGGAGGGUCUGGACUACGGCGGCAUUGCCCGCGAGUGGUUCUUCCUCCUGUCCCACGAGGUGCUGAACCCCAUGUACUGCCUCUUCGAGUACGCCGGCAAGAACAACUACUGCCUGCAGAUCAACCCCGCCUCCUCCAUCAACCCCGACCACCUCACCUACUUCCGCUUCAUCGGCCGCUUCAUUGCCAUGGCACUCUACCACGGCAAGUUCAUCGACACGGGCUUCACCCUGCCCUUCUACAAGCGGAUGCUGAACAAGCGCCCCACCCUCAAGGACCUGGAGUCCAUCGAUCCCGAAUUCUACAACUCCAUCGUCUGGAUCAAAGAGAACAGCCUCGAGGAGUGUGCCCUGGAACUCUACUUCAUCCAGGAUAUGGAAAUCUUGGGCAAGGUGACCACCCACGAGCUGAAGGAGGGCGGGGAGAACCUCCGAGUCACCGAGGAGAACAAGGAGGAAUAUAUCAUGCUGCUGACCGACUGGCGGUUCACACGAGGAGUUGAGGAGCAGACCAAGGCCUUCCUGGAUGGCUUCAACGAGGUGGCCCCUCUGGAGUGGCUGCGGUACUUCGACGAGAAGGAGCUGGAGCUGAUGCUGUGCGGCAUGCAGGAGAUCGACCUGAGCGACUGGCAGAAGAACACCAUCUACAGGCAUUACACCAAGAGCAGCAAGCAGAUCCAGUGGUUCUGGCAGGUGGUCAAGGAGAUGGACAACGAGAAGAGAGUCCGGCUUCUGCAGUUUGUGACCGGGACAUGCCGCCUGCCUGUGGGAGGAUUCGCAGAGCUCAUUGGCAGCAACGGACCCCAGAAGUUCUGCAUCGAUAAAGUGGGCAAGGAGACCUGGCUACCCCGCAGCCACACUUGCUUCAACCGCCUGGACCUGCCUCCCUACAAGAGUUACGAGCAGCUGAAGGAGAAGCUUCUUUAUGCCGUCGAGGAGACAGAGGGCUUCGGGCAGGAGUGACGGGCAUCUGGAAGGUGCCUGAGAAGAGCCAUCCUGUGUGCCAGAAAGGGCAGAAUCCCUGGGAGGGCAUGGCGCCGGGGAGACCCUCUCGGGGACCAGUUGGGCCAGGUCUUGUAGAGGAUGCAUCCCCCUGCAAGGCCAGGGCGGGCUCCCAGACCCACCCUCCCUCCCACCCCACACCUGCUACAUUCUGAGCUGUAUUUCCCUGGGCAUCUCAGCCUCCUUCCAUGGGCACUUUGGGCCC